AUGGUGACAGCGACGGUGUACUGUGCGCCAGCGCCACUGCGUUACUUGGCUCUGGCAGUAUACUGCCUUGGAAGUCUUCUGGGCCUGUAUAAAGCAAUGCGGGCUUGGUCCCCAUGGGAGAGACGUUUGUGCUUCGCGGCCCCCUUCUGCAUGAGACUACUCCUGGCAGGGGCUAGGGCAGCGCGCUUUGGAGGCGGAGACCCACAUGCCAUACUGCACGUCUUCCUACAGGAUGCGGUAUCCCUGGGUGGUGGUGUAAUCGGUGCUCUGCACAUACCGGAAAAGUGGUUCCCGGGGACAGUGGAUCGCUGCCUCAACUCACACAAUAUUAUGCACGUGCUAGUCGUGUUAGCUGUCUACUCCAUGCAUCAGGUAACAACAAAAGACUUGGCAUGGAUGUCACGCGUGGACUGCCGGACUCCACUGCGCCACCUCUGA